GAUGUGAGGGGAUUGAAUGGGAAACAAUCCUAUGAAUCCCAUAAGCCCCUAUCCAUGUCCACUCCCAUCCCACAAGCAUUGAGGCCAGAGCACAUUACAGCCAGAGGCAACACUGGGCAGAAGAGAGACCAUAGCGUGGAGAUGGUUGGUCAUCAGCGCUCCCCUGUCGCUCCCACCAUUCCACACCCCCGACUUGUCCAGAAAGACAGGCCUCUCCCCUCUUCAUCCUCCUUCUCAUCCUCCUUCUCCACCUCUUCCUCUCUACCUGGAGAUGAGAAGCACAGUCGUCACCUGGUUCAUGCUCCGGUCCCUUACUGGCCGCGCCCCAUCAAAAGUGCCCGUCUCUCCCUCCCCUGGCCCCUGCCGGAGCACUCCGACUGGGUCACCGUGGCCACCUCUGUGGACGACGGCUUGGUGUCCCAAUCCAAACAUAACCCUAACCUACCACGCUUCCCCAAUCUACAGACCUACGUCCAGCAGAACAGCAGCCUUGGGAAGGCCUGGCUCAAGCCCAGCCAGGCCAGCCUGACCAGGAGUCUGUCCACCGAGCACGGGGAGAGACCAACAGCAUGGGUACAGGAGCGUGACAGGCGGGUGGCGCCACACUCGUGGAGGGAGGCAGUGGUGCAGACAGAGAUGGUGUUUGGGGAGAAUCUGAAAGAGGCUGACUCUCCUCUGGACCUGUCUGAUCCUGGGAGAUGCAAAAGCAUUAAGUCACCACAGGACAGCAAGGCCAGCCCCACGCUACAGGACAUGUACAUAGAAGGGGAGACAUCUAACAGGACCACCAGGACAGACUCCUCGCCACAGAGCCAGGCCUGUCCCCCCUCUUCCUCAUCCUCCUCUUCCUCCACACCUGCUCUUCCUUCAUCCUCCUCUUCUACACGUCCCACCAGCCAACAGAGGCAAAGCCCCAACAACCACAACCUUAAGGUGCUCUACUUGAUCCGACAUACACUACCGUUCAAAAGAUAA